AUGGCUGCAGGAUCGAAGUCUGUCUCCGAUGCCACGUGGCAUAAUCUAGGCAUGGUCGCCGGGUCGCUGUUCGCCAUCCUCGUCGCCGUCGCUUUCCAUCAGCACCACUCUUCCACCGUCGCUGAGCUCCAAUCGCUGCUGCAAGAAUCCAGGGAUCAAGCAGUGGACGUGGAUGCAGCACUAAGAGACAUCAAGACGUUGCUCACCAACCCUUCCAGCAAGGCGACAGACACACAAGCCAGCGUUCACCUCAACCAGCGAUGCAUCCUGGCCGUUGAUCGCGGCAGCAUCAACGCAUCCCUGCUGGCCGACACGUCGUCCGCGGAUUACCUGGAAGACAACGCCAAGCACCUGCCGUCAUGGCUCUCCUCGCAGCUCAUCAACCAGCUGUACGCACAGCGCCAUGGCUACACUUUCUACUCGAUAGAAGCCAUCACGCCCAUGCUCAUAAGCGAAGGCAUCGACCCCAACACCAUCAACAGGAUCGCCUUCAUCAAUCGCCAGCUGGCGUGCUGCUGUCGCUGGGUACUAGCCCUGGUGGACGGCGCCUACAUACGCCUGGAGCAGCACAGCCUCCCCGUGGAGCACUGGCUGGCCCGCCUGGCCCGGCCGGACACCUUUGAGUGGAUCACGCGGUCCGGCAUUGACAUGGCCAACCAGACCUGGUUCCCCUCCGAUCCUGCCGACCUGGUGGCUGAUGGGGGGGUUGGCGCGGAUGGGGGCUCACAGCAGGACGGGAGGACAGCGGGCGUGGGUGAGCGGCAGGAGGAGCACAGGAGGGAAGGGAAGGGAAGCUUGGGGGAGGAGCAGGAAGGAGCAGGGAAGGAGGAGGGGGAGGGGAGGAACAGGAAGGGGCGGGCACGGCCGUUGAUAGGAUUGGUGGGGCGGUCGGGGGAUGGGGUGUAUGGGCUGGCGGGGAAGCCGGGGACUCUCUUUCAUGAGAGUGUGCCGUUUGUGGGGAACGCUGCUGUGCUGCUCACUCACAGUGGCGACACGUUCAAGGUGCGUCAAGGUGAUGGUGGGAUGUGCGUGCAAGGUAAAGCAUGGCGUGGUGGGCGUGAGAACAUGUUCCAUGAUAAGGUGAAGUUUGUGGGCAAUGCUGCUGUGCUGCUCACACACAGUGGGGACACUUUCAAGUUCCUGUCGCUAUGGCAGGACAAGUCAGCAGCACUGGGGUGGGAUUUCACGGGCCUGCAGGCUGCAGUGAGGGAGUUUGCCGCCCAGAUUGCCAUUGUACCGCACCUGGAGAUGGGCGGCUUGCACAGUCGCGCCAUCCGAUAUGCCUUUUUUGGAAGCAACCAGGAAGAUGCUGAGAAGGUUCUUGCAACGGCUUUGCUGGCUACGGUGAAAUUCCACCAGGCAUGGAAGGACAGCAACAGUGUUGCUGUGUGA